AUGCUACGACAUAUUAUCGUCUUCAUAUCCGGAAACGGUUCUAAUCUUCAAGCAAUAAUUGAUGCAAUACAAUCAGGAACUCUUGAAUGUAAAAUUGAUUUGGUUGUUUCUAGCAAACAAUCCGCCUACGGUUUAACACGUGCCGAAAAGGCAGGAAUUCCUACACUUGUUUUUCCUUUGAAACCUUAUAAAGACGCCGGAAAAACUCGUAUAGAAUAUGACAUAGAUUUGGCUAAUAAAGUUAGAGAAUAUAAUCCUGAUUUAAUCGUUCUUGCAGGGUGGAUGCUUGUAUUAUCAAGUGAAUUCAUAGACCAUUUUAAUGAUAAUAUCAUUAAUUUGCAUCCGGCCCUACCGGGUCAAUUUGAUGGAGUAAAUGCCAUCGAACGAACUUACGAGGCAUUUAAGAAGGGAGAAAUCACAAAAACAGGGGUUAUGGUUCAUAAAAUAAUUCCAGAGGUUGACAAGGGGGAGCCAUUAAUGGUUGAAGAAGUGCCGAUAUUUGAAUCUGAUACAUUGGAGAGUUUAGAAGAACGAAUUCACUCAGUAGAACAUAGAGUAAUUGUUCAAA